AUGCACCUCGCCUCCCUGACCUUCAUCCUGGCGUUUCUUCUCGCCCUCACCAACGCUUCUCCCACACCACUGAAUCCCACUACCGACAUACGCUCGCCCUUCCUUUCGCGAUACCGACGUCUCUUUGUCAGACAAGCCGGCUGCAACCAAGCACAAUGCGACCAGUGUAGAACAGCUGCCGGCUGCACUGCCGGUACCCCUGCUUGGUAA